UCUUCAAGCCAAGCUUUCAUUUAGGGCAAAAAAUAUAAUGGAUCUUCUCACCAAAGCAACACCAAUAAAUCAUCCCUGCCGCCUCUUUGUUUUCCCCUCCGCCGCCGUAGGAUUUAGCCCUGCAGGGUUUAUUAGGUUGAAACCCAGAACUGCAACAAAAUGUGCCACCAUGGAUUCACAAAGCACACAAGUUUCCCCCAAGAAAAUGCAAAGGGUAGUUAAUAACGGUGGCGCCCCUCUAACGCCGGUGGACUUCCUGGAAAGAGCUGCCACCGUGUACGGCGAUUGCGCUUCCGUUGUGUACAACGACACGGCUUAUACAUGGUCGGAGACGCACGAGAGGUGCUCGAGGCUCGCGUCGUCGAUUUCGCGCCUGGGGAUCAAGAAAGGGGAUGUGGUUUCCGUCCUGGCCCCUAAUAUAUCAGCCAUAUACGAGCUUCAUUUCGCGGUUCCAAUGAUGGGGGCCAUUCUCAACACUAUUAAUCUCCGCCUAGACGCUAGAACCGUCUCCCUUCAGCUCCUCCACAGCGAGUCUAAGCUCGUUUUCGUGGAUUACCAGUCGAAGGACUUAAUUCUUGAAGCCAUUUCUUUGUUCCCCGCGUUAUCUCAACGUCCAAUUUUAGUCCUCAUUACUGAUGAGGAGAAGAAUUUUGUCGGCAAAAGUACAAAGGGUUUGUCUCUUCAUGAUUAUUGUUACGGGGACAUGGUACGAGGUGGCAAUCCUGAGUACAGUUAUGUGGGGCCAGAGAGCGAGUGGGACCCGAUAACGCUAAAUUACACUUCCGGCACUACUUCUUCUCCCAAAGGAGUACUCCACAGCCACCGUGGUGCGUUCUGCGUCACCAUCACGAGCUUGCUUCAUUGGUCCGUGCCGCCACAGCCGGUGUACUUAUGGACGUUACCGAUGUUCCACGCCAACGGGUGGAGCUACACCUGGGGCAUGGCGGCGGUAGGCGGCACCAACGUUUGCCUCCGCCGUGUGGACCCCGCUUCAAUCUACGACGCCAUUGAAACCCACGGCGUAACUCACUUGUGCGGCGCGCCGGUGGUGCUUAACAUGCUAGCCAAUCACACUAACACCCCACUCAAAUCUCCGGUUGAUAUCCUCACCGCCGGAGCGCCGCCGCCCGCGGCGGUGCUCGAAAGAGUGGAAUCCUUGGGUUUUCGAGUAUCCCACGGCUACGGCCUCACGGAAACGGGGGGCCCGGUGGUGACGUGUGCAUGGAAACGGAAAUGGGAUAACUUACCCUCCCCGGAAAGAGCGUUUCUCAAGUCAAGGCAAGGAGUGAGAAGCAUUGGCUUCGCCGGCGCCGACGUAGUCCACCCGGGUACCGGAAAGAGCGUGAACCGCGACGGAAACACGGUCGGAGAAAUCGUGUUACGCGGCAACGCCGUCAUGCUCGGGUACCUUAAAGACCCCGAAGGAACCUCGGAAUGCAUGAGAGAAGACGGAUGGUUUUACACCGGCGAUAUGGGCGUAAUGCACCCCGAUGGGUACAUAGAAGUGAAAGAUAGAUGCAAAGAUGUUAUCAUUUGCGGCGGCGAAAAUAUAAGCAGUGUGGAGGUGGAGUCGGUUCUGUACACGCAUCCGGCGGUUGACGAGGCGGCGGUGGUGGCGCGACCGGACAAGUUCUGGGGGGAAACGCCGUGCGCUUUUAUGAGCUUAAAGAGAGGGAUAAUGGAGAAACCGACGGAGAAAGAUAUAAGGGAAUUCUGUAAGCAUCAUCUGCCGCUUUACAAGGUGCCAAGAAGGGUGGUUUUCUUAGCGGCGCUUCCGAAGACGUCGACCGGCAAGAUUCAGAAGUUUUUGCUUAGAGAUAUGGCCAAGGAUUUAAGCAUUAAUCAGAAUGGCAGUAUAAAGACCAAUAUAUAUUGAGACUAUUGCUUGUUUGUAUUUAAAAUUAUUGAGGAAUAAUAACUAUAAAAACCAAUAUGUUUGUUUCUA